AGAAUGGCGGAACAGGGGGCAGGAAUUCCGCCUCUGCGCCCAGAACUGACGGGCUGUCACGGAUGAUGACCGUCCUGCGGACACACAGAGCUUUUACCGCCGACUUGAAGUCUCGUAGUCAUCUGUGAGAGCCUGGGCUUCGGUGUCCUGCAGCUGUUGAAGCAGCAGAGGUGGAUGCGUGUGCUCUGAUGCUCUAAGUUGGACCUGUGCCUUCUGUUCUGGAUCAACCACAACAGCUCCUGUUCGAACAGGCGCACACACGGGCUGAUGGAGUUUCUGGGGAUUCUGUAUCUGGACGAGCUGUCCCACGGACUGACAAACUUGUCCAUGUUUCCAUACUUUGAAAUGGCGCACUAUAUCAUAUCUGUGAUGUCUCUGAGGGAGCAGCACGGAGUUUUGGAGGUGUCCAGAGUCAGCCCGUUAGCCUGCUGGUUCAGUUCCAUGCUCUUCUGUUUUGGUGGAGCGGUGCUGUCUGGGAUCAUGCUGGCUGAACCACCUGUAGCACCACUGUCCAACGGCACUGGGGUUCUGCUCGCUACAAUUGUCUGGUACCUGGUGUUCUACUGCCCUGGGGAUGUGGUUUACUGCUGUGCUGCCCUGCUCCCUCUCAGGCUGGUGUUGACAGGAAUGAAGGAGGUGACCAGAACGUGGAAGGUGUUGGGAGGAGUCACUCAGGCUCACAGUAAAUACGAGGACAGUCUGUUGGUGAUGAUCGCCAUCGGCUGGGCCAGAGGUGCUGGAGGAGGUCUGAUCAGUAACUUUGAGCAGCUUGUUCGAGGCGUGUGGAAACCAGAGACCAAUGAGCUCCUGAAAAUGUCUUACCCUACUAAGAUCACCCUGAUAGGGGCGGUGCUGUUUGCUCUCCAGCAGACCCAGUACCUGCCUGUCCAGAAGCACCACCUGAUGCUGGUCUACACCGUCUUUCUCGUCGUCAACAAGUCGAGGAUGAUGCUGACCGGCUCAUCAACAUCACCCUUCGCCGCCAUCGAGUCGGCCAUUUAUAAGACCCUGUUCAUCGGCUACUCGCCUUACGCCGCCCUCACCGACGAGAUCCAGAAAUCGUUUGUUGACAACGGCACCGCGAGCAGAACCGCGGCGACCAAAGAGUUGAGUGAAAACGGAGCUGGAGGUAAGGAGCGCUCCAGAGCCACCGCCUCCACGGCCGAGGAAAAAAAACAAUCGCUCGAAGCCAAAGAGGAGUCAGACAACAAGGAGACGAAAAACCUUAAGAAGACCAAUUAGUCACUAUCUGCCUCCAGCGCCUUUUCACCUCUGAGCAGGGACGUUGAGUCAUUUCUGAUUCAGUUUCAUCAGGUCAGGGGGUCAUUUCAUCUUUAAUGCUCCAUUUUCCAUUUUUAGCCUCAUUUAGUCUUACAAACUCAUGUUUCUGUUUGUUUGUUAAAUCUGAAUGAGGACUGACUUAGACCAACCCUGCACUUUAUUCUGGGAUAAUCACCCCCAUCCUUAAAGUACUGUGAUAUCAAUGCUGUUGGAUGUGAGCGUCGUACCAUACGUCCACUGGUUGCACAGUUGCAGUACAGUGUGUAGCUUAAUUUGAAAAUAUAUUUAUAAUAAAUACAUAAAUCUAUGGAUCUUUUUUUUGGGUAUAUACUGAUAAACCUGCUUUAUCUCUGGGUUUCGGGAACAGUUCUAUUAAGUGUCUGCUGAUCUAUGAAUGUGUGAGUCUGUGUCUUUCUGUUUAUAUUUCACUCUGUGUAAAGCCUAUAUUUCCUACUCUACAAUGAAUGAAGAACCUUUUUUAAUUCAGAGAUUAUAUUCUAUGACGCUCAGAUAUUUUAUUCUAUUUAUACUUGAUAAUUGCACACUUGAAUGUAUAACAUUUCAAAAAAGAAGACAAGUUGUCAUUUUCUAUUUCUUUGGCGAAUGCUUUGAAUGACAUUUGAAAGCAUGAGAAUAAAAGUUUAGAUGCACAAUGAA